UUAAAUAUUUUACUCAGCUGAUUUUCGAAGGUCUAUAAAUUGACUCUUCUUCAUCCAAACAGUCUCCCGUCAAGAGGACUUUGAUGGUGAAAAAAAUGUGGGGAAAUAUAUACUGCUGUGCGAUUGCUGCCUUGCUGGUAGCAACAGCCUGGGCGGCACCCCACGAAGGCCAUGAAGGCCACGACCACGGCAGCCACACUGCUGACCACCACCACCACCUCCACCACGGGAAGGACGAACCCCAUCCCAGCCACAAGGGGGUCGAUGCUUGCCAUCUGCUCGCUCCACACAAUGCUGACUUCGCCUUUUCCCUUUACAAGAAACUUGCAUCCAAUCCUGAUGCCCAAGGCAAGAACAUUUUCUUCUCCCCAGUUGGUAUCUCAAUGGCUUUGAGCUUGCUUGCUGUAGGUGCCAAGGGCAGCACUCUUUCACAGAUUUACAGUGGUCUGGGUUACAGUGCACUGAAGCCUGAGCAGGUAAAUGAGGGUUACGAGCACUUGCUCCACAUGUUGGGUCACAGUCAGGAUGCCAUGCAGCUGGAGGCCGGCGCUGGUGUGGCCAUCAGAGAUGGCUUCAAGGUGGUGGACCAGUUCCUGAAGGAUGCUCAGCACUAUUACAACAGUGAAGCCUUCAGCGUCGACUUCUCCAAGCCUGAAACCGCUGCAGCUGAGAUCAACAAGUUCAUUGCCAGGAAAACCCAUGACAAGAUAACCAACAUGGUGAAAGACCUGGAUGCAGAUACAGUGAUGAUGCUGAUUAACUAUAUGUACUUCAGAGGCAAGUGGGACAAGCCAUUUGAUGCAACGCUGACCCACAAAGCUGACUUCAAAGUGGACCAGGACACCACUGUGCAAGUUGACAUGAUGAAAAGAACUGGCCGCUAUGACAUCUAUCAAGAUCCUGUCAACCAAACUACUGUCAUGAUGGUGCCCUACAAAGGCAAUACAUCCCUGAUGAUUGUUCUUCCUGAUGAUGGGAAGAUGAAGGAGCUUGAAGAAACCAUCUGCAGACACCAUCUUAAGAAUUGGCAUGAUAAACUCUUCAGAAGCUCCGUGGACCUGUUUAUGCCCAAGUUCUCCAUCUCUGCAACUUCCAAGCUGGAUGGUGUUCUGAAGGACAUGGGAAUGACUGACGCAUUCAAUAACAAAGCCGAUUUCUCCGGGAUGACAGAGGAGGUCAAAGUUAAAGUGUCACAGGUUCUCCACCAGGCAGUCAUGAGCGUGGAUGAGAAGGGCACUGAAGCAGCAGCUGUAACCACGAUUGAAAUAAUGCCCAUGUCCCUGCCAGACACUGUGAUGCUCAAUAGGCCCUUCUUGGUACUGAUUGUGGAGGACAGCACCAUGAGCAUCCUCUUCAUGGGCAAGAUCACCAAUCCUACAGCAUGAGGUCCUACUCCAAAUAGCCGGACUUUUGCAUAAUACUGCUAAACUUUCCGUAGAACUCAUUGUAAAUUGCAAUAAAUGUUAAUUUGAUUGUUAUCAAAUGAGUCCUCAUUAAAACACACGUUUUUUUCAA